AUGGGAGCUUCCAGGCGGCGACAACGGCCCCCGCCCCCAGCUGACAGGCCCGGUUCCAGGUUCAGUUGCUGUGGCGGUGGCAGGGGCUCUUUCUUCGAGAUGAAUGGCCCCAACGUGGUGCUGCUGCGGCUCCUUUCCAGGGUCGCAGGUGCAGGACCCACUGGAUGUCUGGCACGGGGGCUACAUGGCAGCCCCACCUCCUCCUCCUACAAGUAUGUGAACGCCAAGGAGCCCGCCAUGGACAUGAAGUCCAUUACUGACCGAGCCGCCCAGACCCUGCUGUGGACGGAGCUCUUCCGAGGUCUGGGGAUGACCCUGAGUUACCUGUUUCGGGAACCUGCCACCAUCAACUAUCCCUUUGAGAAGGGCCCCCUGAGCCCGCGCUUUCGGGGGGAGCACGCCUUGAGGCGCUACCCUUCGGGGGAGGAGCGCUGUAUAGCCUGCAAACUCUGCGAGGCCGUCUGCCCUGCCCAGGCCAUCACCAUCGAGGCCGAGCCCAGGGCGGACGGCAGCCGGAGGACGACCCGCUACGACAUCGACAUGACCAAGUGCAUCUACUGCGGCUUCUGCCAGGAGGCCUGCCCCGUGGACGCCAUCGUGGAGGGCCCCAACUUUGAGUUCUCCACGGAGACACACGAGGAGCUGCUUUACAACAAGGAGAAACUUCUCAACAACGGGGACAAGUGGGAGGCCGAGAUCGCCGCCAACAUCCAGGCCGACUUCCUGUACCGGUGAAGCCAGAGUCCGGCUCUGGGGCAGCAGCCGCCCCCCCACCCCACCCCCCGUCUGGGUCCCUGAAAUAAAUCCUAGAAGCGUG